GCUAAAAGCUCUGUGGCCAGAAUGCUUCGAAAUAUUGAAACUGGCCCGAGAAACUAUCGCUGGCAGACUGCGGCUUCUAGUGUCAUUUGACUUAGCAUUGGCUUACCAGAGGGGAAAGAGGCUUGUAACCAAAACGUUGCGAAUGCUUCCCACGAGUGUGUUAAUGGGCGCUCUUUAAAAUCCUUCUUCAACCCAAGGCCCGGUAGAUGGCAGCUUCCAGAUUCUGUUCAAUUCGAAUACACCAAUGGAGAGCGCGACACGCGGACACCGUGUAUUCUAGUCAGCAGGACACUAUAAGGAGACUCUGACGCUAAAGAACAUACAGAACACGGAGGAGGGAAAUCACAACUGCGAGACUAUUCUAAGCGGCUCAACUUUCUAUACAAGCAAAGGACGGAGAGGAUACCAGUACGACAGCCCACUCCUUGCUAGGACUGUUGGAACGCAGUGAAAGUAAGGCGCCAGGCACCAUGCAGCACUAUGGAGUGAACGGGUACUCCCUCCACGCGAUGAACUCCCUGAGUGCAAUGUACAACCUGCACCAACAGGCGGCGCAGCAGGCCCAGCACGCCCCUGACUACAGGCCCUCAGUGCACGCUCUCACCCUGGCGGAGAGACUGGCUGGCUGUACAUUCCAAGACAUCAUCCUCGAGGCGCGCUACGGCUCCCAGCACCGCAAGCAGCGCCGCAGUCGCACCGCCUUCACCGCCCAGCAGCUGGAGGCUCUGGAGAAGACCUUCCAGAAGACCCACUACCCCGACGUGGUGAUGAGGGAGCGCCUGGCCAUGUGCACCAACCUCCCCGAGGCCCGCGUGCAGGUGUGGUUCAAGAACCGUCGCGCCAAGUUCCGGAAGAAGCAGCGCAGCCUGCAGAAGGAGCAGCUGCAGAAGCAGAAGGAGGUGGCCGACGCGGGGCUGGAGGAGGGCAAGGGGGAGCCGCCCGCGGCCGCCGCCUCCGAGGCCCACAACCCCCCUUCCUCUGCCUCGUCCUCCUCCUCGGAGGCCGAGCGCCCGCCGCACCCUCUGGCCGCGGAGAUGAGCGUGGAAGUGAACGUCACCUCGGCCGAGCAGUCGGGCAGCGAGUCCGCGGCAGAGGAGCAGACAGACGAGGGGGAGGAGCUCAAGCAACACAGGGAGGAGCCAAAAGGCGACAAGAGCCACGCCCCUGGCAACAAAUCCCCACCGUGCAAACGCAUGAGUCCCAAAGCAGACUCUCCUCUUAGUUCUUCGGCAAUCCCAUCCUCCAGUGGUGUCAGCAGUGGGAUGGCACAGAGCCACUCAUAUUCCUCGUCCCCGCUCAGUCUCUUCCGCCUGCAGGAGCAGUUCCGCCAACACAUGGCAGCCACCAACAACCUGGUGCACUACUCUUCCUUUGACAUGGGCACACCCUCCUCCAUGCCUUACCUAGGCAUGAACGUCAACAUGGCGGCACCGCUGGGCUCCCUGCACUGUCAGUCCUACUACCAGUCCCUGUCUCACGCCCAGCAAGUCUGGAACAACCCCAUCUUGCAGGCGUCAGGCAGCCUGCCCAGCAUUAACAGCAAGACCACCAGCAUUGAGAACCUGCGGCUCCGUGCCAAACAGCAUGCCGCCUCGCUGGGCCUGGACACUCUGCCCAACUGACCUCCUGCGCCGUGGUCACCUGCCCUGCCUUCCCUGACCUGCCCUGAUACCAGUACUCCCGAAUCCAGGACACGUGCCCAGGCUUUUGGUCCAGAUCUCUUGCAUCUGUUCACUUAACACUUAGGGCUUAACACUUGUCUUUGUUGUCUGAGGAAGACCUAAUACACAACCAACUGCUUUCAAAAGAAACCUGCGUUCCAUUGAUGCAUAUGACAGCGGACUUAACAAAAGCUGUCUGACUCGUCCUUGCCGUUUCAGUGCUUUGAAUAGUAAUGCUUAAACAGUACUAAAGACACUCCAUGAGAAUGCACUGUUGAGACAUCAAUGCUCCUGUUCAGUGUCCAAGGCUUGACCUAGAUUCUGCUACCACAUCUAGGUCUUCUUGUGAGACAGACAUAGUUUGCCCCUCUGAAGACACAACUGAGAGUUUUAGUGAAAAGAAGUCCCUAUCAAGUCCACAAAAGAUUAUAAGGACUGCAGUUCUUUUCGAAAAGGAAAUGAGGAACUAUAUCAAUGAAACCUAGAAUGUUUAAAGCAACUGCUACCAUUAGCAAGCAUUGGAAACCAAGAGGACUGAUGUGAUUGAAACUCCCUCAGGCACAGCUGCAUCUACAAUCAGAAGGGAGAGGGAGUCGUUUCAGUCCCACUAUCUGUUGCUCUUGAGCCGGCUCGCCCUGAACAGAGCUCAGCACGGUUCCAUCUGCUCUUCUUCCUGUCCUCAACUGUCCAGAAUGUGACACAAUGACAAUGUGUGGACUCACACAUCAAGGACCUUUCCUGCUUUGUAAAUAGCCUACUCUGUUAGUUCCCAUUUCUCUGGUCAGUGUUUUAAAGUCAGUGUUGCCUUCUGUGAAGAAGACUGUGAAAACAAAUAUUUAAUUAUUUUUUCAUUUCAACAUUGUAAUCUGAGACAAAGGGAGAAAGAGGAUGCAUAAGACACAAUAAAACAAGAACCCAGAUUCUUCAACAACAAUUAUAGUACAAGCACCAAGCUCUUAUUCCAGAUACAUCCCAAUUAACUUUAUGCACGUGUGUAAUUUAUCUUCAGAAAUGAAAAGUGUGACUCUGAGCCAUGUAUAUUAAGUAAUAUCCAAGGUUAUAUGUGACUAAAAUAUCUAAAAUCCGAGAUAAAAUAGGAUGUAAGGGACAGUAUAUAACUUGAUGAUGUAAUAAUUUUUGACGACCAAACAUAUAGAUGGUGAAUACGUUCUGUUUAAUGACAUUUUCACAUGCAAUGCAGUGCUGUAAUGCAUGGUGAUUCCCAUGUACUUAACAUAAAGGUUUCCACCUCACCUAACCCUCAGCCUUUAUGAACAUUUCUAGAUUCUGUAUGCUCACUGACAAGCUAGAGGUUUAAAUGAAAAUUGAAUCACACCCUUGAGACAGUGAGGAUAGCCUUAUGAAGUCUGUCAGCUGCGGUCCUACCCUCAAUGAUUUGAUUGGUUGUUCAUCUAGUCUAUUUAAUGCAAUCAGACUCCUGGAGUUAAUCACCUGUUCAAUUUGGAUUUUACUGUAUGAUUAUAUCUGCUCACCUGACAAGCAGUGUGGUAAAUACAUGGUAGAUCUUAGGUUAGAUGGAUCACGCAGCACUUCCUGUGGGAAUGUGAACUUCCCCAUCCGAGCACUUCCAAAGUAUCCAGAAGUGAAUCUGGAUCCUGCCCUUCUGCUCCUUUUGUUGAGGAUUCUGAAUUCUUCCUUUAAAAUAAUGUAAAUUAUUUUAUAUGUACAUAAAGAAAUAAAAGCCUUUAUUUGUAAAUGUAAACUGGUAAGGGAUAGGCCUGCUUAAGGCUCUCAUUUGUCUGUAGCUUGAGACAAACCUUCGGGAUGGCGGAUCCAAAAACAAACUCCCAAAGUCAGAUUGGACUGAGUCGGCAUCCGUCUGCACCUUAACUGGCAAAGCGAUCAAAUCUCCAAAUGCCGUGGUCUGGGUGUCUAUGUGCGUCUGCUAAGCCGUUUUCAUUGUGGCAGUGAUUUUAGAGAAGAGUAACCACAAUUAAUCCCCAAGUGCCACCACACGAAGAAGUGGAUUUGAAAUUUAAAUGGCAAACGACUGGGAUUAAUUACGGUUUUCCUAAAUUGGUUAAGUAGGUUUUAAAAGUGAUAUGUCAAAAAAUCUCCAAUAAAGCGUUGUUUGAAGACA